GCGGCGGCCGCCGCCGCCACCGUCGCCACCGCCUCCAGCCGGGCAAACGGCCUCUUCAGCAUCUUCUCCCCCUCCCCGCCAACCGAAAAACCACCCAAAGCCGAGCCCGACGCGGACCAGAUCCUCCGGAAGCCCCUUCGCCGUAUCCGCAAGGCCCUCAUCAGGCAGCGGGACCCUGACAAGCUGGUCUCCAUGUUCGUCCAAGCUUCCUCCGCAUCGCCGCGCUUCCGCGACCAGCACCACCUGUACGAUGUAGCGGUGAGCCGCCUCACUUCCUUCGGCCGCCCAGACGGCAUCCAGGCCAUCAUCGACGCGCAGAAGCCCUUCCUCGAGACCUCAACCGCGGAAUUCGCCGCGCGCGUCAUCCGCCUCUACGGCCGCGCCUCCAUGCCAACCCAAGCGGCCGCAACCUUCCAUCAACUUCCUGCGCGGCAUAAGUCCACCAUGACAUUCAACGCCGUCCUUGCCGCUUACGCCAAAGCCGGAGAUCUUGACGCGCUCACUGCUGCAUUCCAGGAGAUCCCAGCCGUCCACCCCUCCAUUGUUCCCGACGUAUACUCUUACAACGCACUCAUCCGCACAUUGUGCCACAAGUCCGACCUCUCAGCCGCUCUUGAUGCUGUUCAUCUCAUGAAGAAGCACAGUGUUUCACCUGACAUUAUUACUAUCAACUCGCUCUUGGAUGGGUUUCACAACAGUGGCCGUAAUGAUGAAGCCGAGGCAGUAUGGGAAAUGAUUAAGGAGAGUCAUUUGGAGCCAGACGCAAAGUGCUACAAUGCAAAGCUGUGGGGUUUGGUUGCACAAGGUAGGAUUGAUGAUGCAGCUGCUGUGCUUGAGAGGUUGGAGAAGGACGGGCCAAAACCCAAUAUAGUAUCCUACAAUGAGUUGAUACGAGGAUAUUGCCAAGCAGGGAGGUUCCAGGAGGCCAAGAAGGUGUAUGAUAAUUUGAUGAAGAAUCAGUGUGCCCCAAAUAAGGUGACAUAUGAGACUCUCAUGCCACACCUUCUGCAGGCUGGAGAGCUGGAUUGUGCACUGAGGUACUGUUAUGAAAUCUUUGGCAGUAAAAGGUUCUUUGGAGUCAAGUGGGGUGUGCUGCAGGAUGUAGUGAAUGCAUUGGUAGAUGCAUCGAGGUUGGUGGAGGCCACCAAGCUUGUUGAGCUCGACUGGCAGAAGUACUACCAUCGGAAGGGUUUGAGGAUGCCACCUAGUGCUGGAACUGAUGAGGAAGAAUCAAUAUCAGGAGAAAAGGAGUGUGAAAGUGGAAGAUAAGACUGAAAAGUAAAAUUCAUAGGUUGAUUUGGGUUCGUGCGUGUGCUAGCACUGACCAGUGGUUGUUGGUUUCUCCAACGCUGUCGCCUUUGUCUCUAUUUGAUUAUCUUCAGAUAUGGUGGUUCAUCCUCUGCGCCUGUCCUUGUACAAUAUUUCUGGUAUGGUGUUAUUUUGUUGGCUUCCUUUGCUUGUGUUCCCUUGCUGCCUGCGUGUAAUAGUGGCACGGAGUCUUAGCUUUAACUGACUAGCUAAGUCAGUUAGAAAAUCGGAGAGAUCUUCUAUUGAGUAAUAUGUACUUGUCCCUUCAGAUAUAUGGCACACAUUUGAUUUCAAAAGCAGAAUUGAUUGAUUGAGGAGCUGCAGACUAUCUCAGUUGGUAUAUGCUUUCAGCGUCGAAAAUAAUUUAGCCUCGUUUAUGCUUUUUUGCUUAGGUGAUUCCUGCCAUGAUAAUGAAUUUGCAUAUGAAUGCAUAUUUUCCUUGGAAAAUUCUAUUGGAUGGGUAGAUAUCUUGCUAGAUUUUCUUAAGAUUCGGGAGCCCAAGAACAAUGUACUGUUUCCUCCAAUUUGGAAAUGAAGUAUGCUGUGGGGAGUGAAUGUACUACAAACUGAUCUAAAAUAAAGAAAGAGCAUUAUUGGGUGACAAUGAGAUUCUUGACGGAGACUCCGUGCAGAUUGUCUUUCCUUUCCAUUUGUUUCUUAUUCUUGUCAUCUAACGCAGAUAAAUGGAUUAUGCUUUCGUGCUGAAUUAACGUGGAAGGUUGAGAUGACUGCACCUACAUAAAUGUUUUUUUGUUAUGUUUAUUAAUGUAUGGAUGCCUGACCCUAAAUAUGUUUGGUUAAAAUGUUUUCCUAUGAGAAAGUUGGUCUGAAAUAUUUGAGUUCGUAUUCUAUUUUACAGGAUACUGGUUGCAUAGUUGAUUCAGUUUCAUUAGUUCAGAACAAGUGCUUGUACCUAUCUUAUUUUUUAGGUUACUCGUAUUGCAUAUUUAUUGAUUUGGUGCAGGCUCGUACACUAGAUUUUAUUUCAAGUGUAUAAAAUAUAUUUUUAACAAGAGGGUAUGUAUUCUGGACACAAUCUAUCCAUCUAGGUUUUAUAUUUGAGUUAUGAGCAAUUGUCUUAUUUAUAUUGUUCUUUUCACUCUCCAUGCACAAAUUUUAUUUAAUUUAUGAGGAUCAUUGUUGUCCUGAAAUUUACUCUGAGCUUUGUCGUUUUGUCAGGUAAUCACGCUGAUUGCGUGAGAUGUUGAAGUGGCAUGCGUCUGUGUGCUAUGUUGUCAAGGUACACACACUGCUAGCUUGUAAGGAUUUCAACAUUGGGACUUCAUACUGCACAUGAACUCGAGAGCAAACCAUGUGCCAAGGCUAGGCUGUCAAGGGAGUAUCUUGGAAAGACACCCGGAUUGUUCUGGGAAAGAUAAGCAGCUACUUCAUCAAUGGCUGAUUCUGUGCUCGGAGGGACAACUACUGAUGAUGAAGCAUUGCUUGCAACUGCUGGACAAAAGAAGAGGAGAGCUCCUGAGGAUCGCCUGGCAAGGGGGAGCAAGAUCGUCCCUGGGCGCGACGGACUUGGGCUCUGUCUGAGAGCUCAUUCUCAUUAGCUGUUCGAUCUAGGUGGUACGGUAGUAGUUUUAGUCUAUCUGCUGGGAUUUUGGGGACCCCUUUUCAUUAUUAUUUUUUUGCAAAAGAAAAAGGAUUUUUGGGACCCUUUUCGAACAAAAAAAGAUUUAGCAUCCUGCAACCUGUCAACAGUUUAAGAUUUUAGGCACUUUUUGAUUAGCUGCCUUGGGCUGCAAAAUGACCA